AUGGAGUCCAUCACGAGCUUCCUCGAGAAAGUGCCGCAGCCCGUGCAGUUGGCGCUGGCUGGAAUUGGCGCUCUUUACCUCGGCUCCAAGUUCUUCAGCUAUCUGCAGCUGGUCCUGAGCUCGUUUCUGCUUCCGGGCACCAACCUUCGAAAGUAUGGAAAGCCCGGCACCUGGGCGGUUGUCACCGGUGCCUCCGAUGGCCUCGGCAAGGAAUACGCCACGCAGCUCGCCGCCAAGGGCUUCAACCUCGUCCUCGUUUCCCGGACCCAGUCGAAGCUCGAUGCCCUCGCCAAGGACCUUGAACAGAAAUUCACGGGCAAGGGCCUGCAGAUCAAGACGCUUGCCAUGGACUUUGCCCAAGACAACGAUGCGGACUACGAGAGGCUGCGGGAGCUUGUCCAGGACCUGGACGUGGGCAUCCUGAUCAACAACGUCGGCCAGAGCCACAGCAUCCCCGUGCCCUUCUUGGAAACGCCCAAGGAGGAGCUGCAGAACAUUGUCACCAUCAACUGCCUUGGAACAUUGAAGGUUACGCAGAUUGUCGCUCCCAUUCUCCAGAAGCGCAAGCGCGGCUUGAUCCUCACCAUGGGCUCGUUCGGCGGCUGGACUCCUACUCCGUACCUGGCGACCUACUCCGGCAGCAAGGCUUUCCUCCAGCAGUGGAGCAAUGCCUUGGCUUCUGAGCUGUCCGAUUACAACGUCGAUGUCUACCUGGUCCUCAGCCAUCUCGUCACCACCGCCAUGAGCAAGGUUCGCCGCACCAGCCUGCUUGUCCCUAACCCGCGCGGAUUCGUCAAGGCUGCGCUGGGCAAGGUUGGACUCGGCGGUUACCAGACUGCGCCCAACACGUACACACCAUGGUGGAGCCACGCAUUCAUGCUGUGGGUGAUUGAGAAUGUCGCGGGCGUCAACAGCCCUUUGACGAUCUGGUACAACAAGAAGAUGCACGUUGACAUUCGCCGGCGCGCUCUUCGUAAGCAGGCCCGCGAGGCCAAGAAGCAGUAA